AUGCUGCAGGGACAGGCUCAUGGGAAAGGGUUUGUGGACGGCGAGAAAGGCGCUGACUGGCAAGUGCAGCGAGCAGCGGCUGAAUACCUGUACUCUCACUUUCCUGGCCUUGAAGACAAGCUUAGCAUUGACGACUAUCUCGAGGAGCGCGCACGCGAGCAGGACCGCAUGUUCAAGGAGGUUCCGCCGAUGCGUGGCGCUGUCGAGCUGGUGCAGGGUCUCGGUCACCUGCCAGAGCUCUUCUCCCACUUCCACCCUACCUGCAUCCUCACGGCCGACUCGCCAGAGGUUGCCCCUGGAAGGGGAAAGCCCAAACCGGACAUUUUCCUCGCCGCUGCCAACAAGCUGGGUCGGGACGUUGGUACUGCGGAUUCGUGCUCGCCUGAACAGGCUGCUGAGCGAGGCAGGGGGCUAGUGUUUGAGGACGCCCGACUGGGUGUCGAGGCGGGCGUUGCUGCGGGCAUGAACGGUGUGUGGACUGGUCGCUUCGUGCACUGA